AACCGUAAAGCGGGUUGCCGGUGUUUUGCGACAGUUAAGACGUACGGCAGCGCUUUAGUCUCCGGCUCUUUUCUUUAUUUCUCUUGGUUUGAUUCUGUAAUCACAGAUAGUGGCAUUUAUUUAAAGCGAUAAGCACGUGUAUAGCAAAUUAUUACAGAGUGAAAUCGCUUAAAUUAGAUUUAGAGGGGAAAAAAAAGCAGGUGAAAACGGGUGAGAGCGCGUGCAUGAGGAACUGCAGUGUGUUUGUGUUUUACUAAAACUCUGCUUUAUACUGAUUUAUACACACACACACAGCGCUGUAAUAAAGAGAAAACAGGCUGUAAACACAGUGAAACACUGCUGCACGGGUUGCUGAGUCGGUGAGAUAAAUAUAGGUGUUGGAGCUGAAGUGCUGUUGGAUCUGUGAGGUCAGUAAGAGGAGUGUGUGAGUGACAUUAACACAAGUUCAGAUCUCAACACACUUCACUGUAAUCACUGUUCUUUUUCAUUCAUGCAUGAAAGUUUCCCUGAUUUGAUCUGCACUGUAAUGAAUGUGAUGGACACUCCAAAGUGCAGACACAGACAGAUCAGCCAAUAGAGGGAGAGAGAGAGACAGAGAGACAGAUAGACAGACAGCUAAAUAGAUCAGAUAUCUUUAAACACUAAAACUAACCCUUAAGCGAGCACUAACAGAGUUACCUGUACUCACACCUGUGUCACAGCGGUUUAACUUGAUAGCAUGAGCAUGUUUUUGAUUGAGAACAGAAAGCACAUCUGUAAUAAACACGUGAACAGAAUAAAAGAUUCCUCCGGCUGGCACAGGAUGGGAGAGGCGGUGGCCAACGUUGCCAGGAGAAUCAACGCAACGAUGGAGGACGGAUUAGACACAUUAGAUCUGUCGGACUGUAAACUAAUCGGUUUCCCCGAUGGUGUCUUAAAAAUGAUUCGCAGCUAUGCAGAUAAAAUACACAAAAUCACACUGGCUAACAACAACAUGAAGAAUUUAAGUGGCAAGUUUUUCACCAUGUUCACCGAACUAAGAGAGCUGGAUUUGCAGGGAAACACGCUGACUAAACUCCCAGAUGCCAUUGGAGAAAUGCAGCAUCUCAUCAGCAUCGAUUUAUCCAAUAAUAACUUCAGUGUUUUUCCUGAGCAACUGACAAAUGUACACACACUGCAGAACAUCAACAUGUCAGGAAACCAAAUCUCAGACGUGCCGUGGGAGCGCGUGUGCGCGAUGUCGUCCCUGAACGUUGUGGAUUUGAGAUCUAAUCCGCUUACUUCAUCGCCACACACUUCUCAGAACUUUACUCUCCUGACAUAGACACAAACGUCAGUCAUCUGCAGUUCAUGCUGGAUCGGAGGAGGAAAUCGCUGGAGUAGAUCUCAAUCCUGGGAUACAUCCUAAACCUUAUGCUACCAUGCUAAUUAGCAUGGCAAAAUAGUACAGAAACAGUACAAAAGGUUAUUAGAUUUACCACAGGUGGGGGAAUAUUCAUUAUGUUAUUGGAAAUAUUGUUAGUGUUUAUUGGGGUAGAAGGAUACAUGGUUUGGGAUGUUCUCAAGACUCAAGGGUGAAUAGGAAACUUGCUCAUGUUAAAAUUUAAAGAGAUUCUGUUUCUGGUCUGAUUCUGCUGUUUCUGCACUAAAUAAAUAUUCAGUUAAAUAUUUAUCAAGCAAAAUUGCCUUCUUUGCUUUAAUUUCUCAGGGCACCCAGUGAUCAUUCACAAAGUCUGAUCAAAAAGGUAUAUCCCCUGCAUUUACACUAGAGGAAAGCCUUUGUCACCACAUCUACACGUAUAGUACAGACACAUUUUUUUCUUCGCGUAUUACAGUGUGUUAGGAACUUGGGGUUAGAGCACAGGGGCAGCCAGGAUACAACGUACCUGGAGCAGAAAGGGUUAAAAGCCUGAAGGUACGUUCACACAUACAGCGACUCGCCAUGACCAUUCCUUUUCAUUGAGAGCUGGUAACUUCUGGUGACAUGAGCAACAGCGACCGUUGUCGACUAGAUGUGGGCAUGUCCAGCGACUCAACAAAAUUGAGAAGAGUUUAACUUUAUGCAAAUAUGGAGCGAUUUGGGGCAGCGACUACCAACGGGAGUGAAGACAGUAGAGAGCACGUGAUCCGUAGCCUUCCGGGCGCCGGCCGAAACAAGCAGCCCAAGCCGGACACUUCACUGAGGUCACAAGGCCACAAGCUAAGUGAAUUGGUGCUUACGCUUUUGCCACAGAUAGAUGGCCACAAUAGCAAAGAGCACACAA